UUUACCGUUCGAUAACGAAGUAUUCAGAGUCGCAUUUUGUUAGAUGUGAACUAACUUCUUGAAGGAUAUUUGUUCAAGAUAACAAAAUAAACAUGAGUUAUCACCGUGGAGGGGGUAAUAAACCAAAAGGCUUUGGGUUUGCCGGCUUUCAAAUGACCGGUGCAAAGAAAAGCAGCUCAAACAUACCACCACCACCGCCAAAUUCUACUCUAAGCAAACAGGGCUAUCACACCAUGAACUCUAUCACUGAAAAUGCCUUAUCCGCUUGUUGGGGAAUGCCAAAAAAGCGUAGCAAAACAGAAGAAGAAUAUUUCGAGGACGACGAUGAUCCUCCACCAUUUUCCUUGGAAUAUAUCCCGGCCCCUGGAUCUCCUACCUACGAUUGGAUGAAGAAAUCGACACCAAAGGACGACAGCGACAGCGAAGAAGAUCCGUUAGAUGCGUUUAUGGCUGGUAUAGACGCGGAAGUGAAACGAAACAAUUACGAGGCCCAGCUCGCGGAAGACGAGCGUAAGGAGGAGAAGUCUAAGGGCUUCAGAGCAGACAUCGAUGGCGAGGACGACGAGGAAAGCUACUACAGGUAUAUGGAAGAGAAUCCAACCGCCGGUUUGCAGCAAGAGGAGUCUGACCAAGAAAUCGAGUACGACGAAGACGGCAAUCCUAUCGCACCUCCGAAAAAGAAAGAGAUCGAUCCUUUGCCACCUGUCGAUCACAGCGAGAUACAAUACGAACCUUUCGAGAAAAAUUUUUACAACGUUCACGAUGAAAUUGCUAGUUUAAGUAAACAACAGAUCGACGAUUUAAGAAAGACUUUGGGCAUAAAGGUAUCUGGCCCGUCUCCGCCGAAUCCGGUUACCAGUUUCGGUCACUUUGGUUUCGAUGAUGCGUUAAUAAAAGCUAUUAGAAAAAACGAAUACACCCAACCUACCCCUAUCCAAGCACAAGCAGUCCCAGCCGCACUCAGCGGCAGGGACAUAAUAGGUAUAGCAAAAACGGGUAGCGGUAAAACAGCAGCUUUUAUUUGGCCAAUGUUGGUGCACAUUAUGGAUCAGAGAGAAUUAAAGGAAGGCGAUGGACCUAUCGGAUUGAUUCUUGCACCCACGAGAGAACUGUCGCAACAGAUUUACCAAGAAGCAAGAAAGUUUGGGAAAGUAUAUAAUAUUCAAGUGUGCUGUUGCUACGGCGGUGGCAGUAAGUGGGAACAGAGUAAAGCAUUGGAAGGGGGUGCGGAAAUAGUAGUCGCAACACCGGGUAGAAUGAUAGAUUUAGUUAAAAUGAAGGCAACGAAUUUGACCAGAGUAACGUUUCUAGUAUUGGACGAAGCCGAUAGAAUGUUUGAUAUGGGUUUCGAGCCACAAGUGCGUUCUAUAUGUAACCAUGUAAGGCCAGACAGGCAAACGUUGUUGUUCAGCGCAACUUUCAAAAAGAGGGUAGAAAAGCUUGCCAGGGACGUUCUAACUGAUCCUGUUAGGAUAGUCCAAGGGGACGUCGGCGAAGCGAAUGCCGAUGUCACGCAACACGUGAUAGUCUUCAAUAAUAAUCCAACCGGGAAAUGGACUUGGUUGUUGCAAAAUUUGGUUGAGUUUUUAAGCGCUGGUAGUUUAUUGAUCUUCGUAACUAAAAAGCUGAACGCGGAGGAACUCGCAAACAAUCUCAAGUUGAAAGAAUUCGAUGUUCUGCUAUUGCACGGUGAUAUGGAUCAAAUAGAAAGAAACAAAGUAAUAACGGCUUUUAAAAAGAAGGAAGUCAGUACUUUGGUUGCUACUGACGUUGCUGCCCGAGGUUUGGACAUUCCACAUAUCAGAACGGUCGUAAAUUAUGACGUUGCGCGAGACAUCGAUACUCACACGCACAGAAUAGGUAGAACGGGUCGUGCAGGGGAAAAGGGAACAGCGUAUACGCUUGUAACGGAAAAGGACAAGGAAUUCGCUGGUCAUCUAGUCCGAAAUCUGGAGGGUGCGAAUCAAGAGGUACCAAAGAGUCUCAUGGAUCUAGCGAUGCAAAGCGCUUGGUUCCGAAAGUCAAGGUUCAAAGGUGGAAAGGGGAAGAGUUUAAACGUUGGAGGUGCUGGACUUGGAUUUAGGGGUCGACCAGAAGCUUCGUCGACUUCGAGUUGCGGUUCGUCGUCGCAAGGAUCGAAGGAUAUAAGCGAAGUCGUUAAGAAGUUUGAGAGACAUGGACCGGGUAGCGAUCGUUUAUCGGCGAUGAAGGCAGCGUUCCGUAGCCAAUACAAUUCUCAGUUUCGAGCAUCGUCGGAUCACACGUGGGAACAAACUAUAACGCGGCCUUCGGUGAUAAUGCCUCCACCGCCACCUGUACCCCCGAAACCGAAUACGGAGCAAUCAAAAUCUCAGGAUUCACGAGCCUCGAACACCGGCGGAGAGAGGAAGAGAGUGAGAAAGAGUCGAUGGGAAUAAACAGUGGUGAACGGAAAGCUACGAUUAUUUUGUGUAUAUUAAUAUUAUUAUCGCUGAUAAUAUGCGAGCCAGCGACGAUGCCGAAUUGUUUUUAUAU